AAGAAGAAGCUGCAGAAGCUGAAGGAAAAGUACGACCGCAGGGGCAUCGUGUACAUCAGCAGAAUACCGCCGCACCUGAAGCCGCAGAAGCUGCGCCAGAUGCUGGAGCAGCAUGGGGAGAUUGGGCGGCUGUACCUGGCGCCAGAAGACCCGGGUCUGCGAAGGAAGCGCAAGCAGCAAGGCGGCAACAGCGGCAAGAACUUCACGGAGGGCUGGGUGGAGUUUGAGGACAAGCAGAAGGCCAAGGAGGUGGCGGCCAUGCUGAAUGGGCAGCAGAUGGGGGGCAAGCGGCGGUCUGCCUACUAUUACGACCUGUGGUGCAUGAAGUACCUGCCCAAGUUCAAGUGGGACCACCUCACCGAGGAGAUCAACUACCAGAAGGCGGUGCGGGAGCAGCGCCUGGCGGCGGAGGUGUCGGCGGCCAAGAGGGAGCGAGACUUCUACCUCAGCCGCGUGGACAAGGCAAAGGCAGUCACUGCCAUGAUGGAGCGCAAGCGCAAG